AUGUUGACUUCGCGUGUCCCCGUGCUCGACUGGAGUCUGGUUCACUAUGACGUACGCUCGAUCACGUUGAUGCGGCCAUCCCAUUCGCCUCGACAGUGCUCCACAGCAUCGGCGGGAUCGGUGGCUUUGCUCAUGUUCCAGGUGGAUCGACAAGUCUACGCAGAGCUGCAGCGUGUGGCACCUGGGAAUCCAGUCUCUGCCUAUGCGUUAGUCUCCUGGUCAGCCUUUGACAAUGCGCUCGAGGCCUCUGGCGGUACUGCUAGUGUCGAAGCCUACGAAGUUCAGUACGCAGUGUCUGGGUCAGGCGUCUGGCAGUCGCUGGGGGAUUCACUGACCGGAUUUCGCGUCGACUUGGGUGCUCAAGCCACGGAACACGUGCCCAAGCAGCGUAUUUUCACUCGUGCAGACGAUGGCGAGUCCAUCAACGAUGGGUAUUUCCGACUUGGUUUGUCGUAUGAAGGCUCCAGUCCGAGUAUCCUGGGCGGACGAGCUACUGCUGGUGUGGUGACGCCUCCGAUCGCUUUCGACGCCAGUGCAGACGCCAUGAAGACAGCGAUCGAGUCUCUGGAGCAGGUCACACAGGUGCAGGUGGAGAGGAAUGCGCUGGACGCUGAUGGAGCGUUCGACUGGAUCAUUCUCUUUGAUCUUGUGGCGUACGACGGCGAAGAUCCGCUGCCGUUGCUGUCGCUGUAUACAGAGACAGUGUCAGCUCAGUGGACUGGAGACGGAGACCAAGUAGCUGUUCAGUAUCUGCGCAUGGCUCCGAGUUCUCCUGAUCGACAUGGACGUAUUUGCUCGGAUGAAUGCAGCUACCAAGUCACGGGACUGCAGACUGGUCGAGCCUUCAGCUUCCGUGUUCGAGCGCAGUAUUCGUACGCUAUUGGCUGGAGUUCAUGGAGUGCAAGUAGUGAACCACUGGAGAUCCCAGCGACGCCAGUACCGCGAGCUCCUUCAACCCCCGAGCUACUAGCGGCAACGACUUCUCAUGUCACGAUCUCGUGGCGUAUGCGUCGAGAACUCACGCAGGAAAAUGGCAUCUUCGCUAGGGAAUUCUUCCCCGUCACCAGCUUCCAGGCUCAGCAACAAUGCGACAGUGAGAUCGGCUGGACUACGAUCAGUGAGCGUAUACCGCCGGGGUUUAGUGGCAACAGUGACACCUUUGUAACUGUUGUUGCGUCCUUGGAGCGUCCGCCAGGUUCCACCUGCGAGUUUCGAGUUGCUGCGACGAAUGCCAACGGCCAAGGACCUUUCAGUUUGCCUUCAGCCAAAUUCACAACGUUGCAAACAGCUCCGGGUGCUGUGGCGAACUUACGGGUAGCUCGAGACCCGCUUACUGUGGUCUGGAACACACCUGAGGUGCUGGGCGGUCAUGCACUGGAAGAGCUAACCUACGAUGUGGAAUACCGCACAACUCUCGGCUCGACGUGGACGCGAUUGCCAGCUGAGCUGGUGGACUGCAGCAGUCGACUCGCCAACAUCUCAAUGACGUCGCUGAAAGGAUACACCACGUACGUCACGCGCGUCAGAGCGGUGGCUGAACGGCAAGCUGGUAGCUUCUCCCAGUCCGCAGAGUUCCUGACAGAUUACACGGUUGAAGACGACUCGAACAGCGACAACGUCAAGGAUUUAACCCUUGGAACACGCCAAGUGGUGAUCGCUGCAGCUCGUCAGCAAUGCGCUAACACACAGGACUGGUACUACGUCCAGUUGACUGGGAACGGCGGCAGUGGCGGCUCUACCAGUGGCGAUGAAGCCAAACCUGGCGAGCACGGAGCUGUUCUUGUCUUUCCAGUCACGUGGUCGGGCGAAAGACUGGCGGAACAUUCCUUCUUCUACACGGGAAGUGUCCAGACCUAUCGAGUUCCAAUUGACCAGUCUGCUCCUCAUCUUGCGCAUCGAAUUGUUGCUCUUGAUGUCUACGCCUGGGGCGCUGGGGGAGCUGGUGCGAGGUCGUCAAACGGAGCUUCAAGCGACUUGAGUAACGGCGGAGGAGGCGCCUUUGCACGUGGAGUUUUCCGUGUCAGUGCCGGUGAUGCUGUGGACAUUUUGGUUGGCGGUGGAGGCCUUCAAGACGGUCGGGGUGGGUUCAACGGCGGUGGAAACGGCGGCACAGGCGAUUUCCCAGGCGGCGGGGGCGGUGGCGCGUCUGAAGUGCGCGUGAAUGGACGAACAGCCGUCGUAGCUGCUGGAGGUGGCGGUGCGGGCUCGACGGAUUACUGUUGUGCCCAUGGAGGAGGCGGCGGUGGCUUGGAUGAAGCAGAGUCUGGUCUUGCACCGGAUGCGACAACGAUCCCACUCGACUCACGUGUGACUGGACAAGCAGCUAGAGACGAAUAUCAUUCCUCGAAUGUACCGGGAGACACGAGAGACUUCGAGGGACUCUCAGCGAGACAUGGACACCUCGACUGGGGCUUUGCUGCGAGUAGUGCAGACUACUCCGUUCUAGCAACUGGAGGCACAGGCGCCACGCCAACAACGGCAGGUGUGGCGGGGGCUGCAGGUUCCUAUCGCUAUUCUCUUGAAGGCACGUGUCUGUUGAACCCGCAGACAUCUCUGGUGGACGUCGCCGUGUCUCCGUUGACAGCAUCGCAUUGGCCUUCGAAUGGUCGAAAUGGAAGUGGCGGGAGUGGACAGAGUGGCAAACAAGCGGGUGGAGGCGGAGGUGGAGGGUUUUUCGGUGGCGGAGGAGGAGGCGCAGGUGUUGACGGAGCUGGAGGCGGUGGAGGCAGCAGCUUCGUCUCCUUUAGAGACCUGUUUAAUUCGUUCAAAUCUGGGAUUAGUGACGCUAGUCUGCGAGCACGAGUGAGUGACGAGACCGUAGACAAGCUCCGAGUGACUCCACUGACAUCCUCGAGCGUCAAAGUGAGCUGGAAAGCUCCUCGUUUUGGCUUCUCCCAGCUCGUGGAAGGAUUCGUGAUCGAGAUGGCCAAUCGCUCCGUCAAUGAGGACUUUCGUCUUGUACGUUUGGUCACUCUUCCGGCCACUGAUGUCACGGAGAAGAGCGGUACUCUUACCCUCCACGGUCUUAUGCCGACGGCUGCGUACCGUUUCCGAGUGAAAGCUUUGCUGCUCGAUGGACGUGGCACUUUCAGUGAUGUCGUUACGCUGCGUAUGCCUACGAAGCCGAGGAAUACGUGGAGACGUUGCGUCACUCGAACUGUAGACGAGGAGAACACGAGAGCAGGAAUGCGCGUCACCAACACUCCUCCCUUGCAGCGAUUUCCGUCUGCUAGACGAGGACAUUCCCUCACAUUGCUGGACAAUUCUCUGUACCUCUUUGGAGGAAUGGCGAAGAGCUACGAGUGCAGCCGAGCACACAAAGUGCCGUGUUUAUUACAGCCGAGUCCACGAUCAGUGUCCAACGAUUUCUGGCGAUAUGAUCUGCGCACGGAGACGUGGUGGUCUGUGCCUCCGCCAGCGUUGAUACCUUCUCCAAGAGAGAAACACUCGAUGGCAGUGGUGAAUGACCGCUUGAUUCUGUUCGGAGGACGGCAGAACGACGUGUCGGACGCAAAUGACGCCUCGACGUGGGGACCUCGAGCCCUGAAUGAUUUGUGGGAGCUGUCGGUCUCCUCCAGUACAGCGAAACAGACGUCAGUGUCGCUGGAUUCUCGUCAGCCAUCGGCUUUGUCUAUUCCGGAUGGAGGACAAGUCUUUGCGCUUGGGAGGAAGAGUGGUAGUGCUGGUGGAGAGCAACUCUGCGUUGUCAACGUGUCUGUGUUUGGCCCCGGACCUGCAACGUUUCCAGGUCGACAGCAGAGUGCUCACUUUCCUGUUGAUUCACAAGCUCGAGAGACGACGUGGAGCGAUAGUCAAGGACUGAGGAGCCUACAAGGAGACAAGAGAGCGACUGGCACUGCGCCGAAUGCCAGAGCGUUCCCUGUGUUGCUACGUAGUCCCGACGAAGCUGCAGAUAAGAGUGAAUGCGCCCCAGGAACGGAGAAACUGCAGUUCGUGUCGACGUCUAGUCUCGAAGCGCUCUCGGUCUUCCAUCAGCUGCCUGUUGCCGGGAACUGGACGCUUGAGUUGACUGACACUGCAGCGGACGGCUUUGUCGGGACCCUGGACUCGUGGGACGUCACUUUCGACGUUGCGCCUUGCGUUCCUGCCUUCACGUGGACGAAUCUGUCGUCCAUAGCAACGGGAACGGCCCCGACCGCGCGGUUCCAGCACUCGGUUGUCGUAGUCGGGAGCAGUAUGUUCAUCUUCGGAGGCACAGCGGGAGGUACUGGCUCGGAACUGAGCGACUUGUAUCGACUGGAUUAUACCCGCAGUGUGGCGCUCGGUGUCGCGCCAACUGCUCGAUGGACGCAACUUGCGUCUCUGACCGACAGAGAGAGCCCCAGUAUCGCUGAGAGGAGAGUUCAUGCAGGACGGGCAACGUUGCUGACUCCGUUUGAGUUGAUGGCUGUCGGGCGUGGACUCAAGUCUCCUCGACGAGCGUCUCUCGGGUCCAGGACGGCGAUGGCAGCUUCUCGCUUCGAGUCGCGACUGGACGUUCGUUUGAAGCGUCUCGAAGAUCUGAUCGACGGAUGGAGAACUGUCGCUACUGCAUCUGGAGAGGAUGAGAGCGCUCUUGACGAACAGCGUCCUGUGCCUCGGUACUGGGCUGCUAGCGCCUUUGUUUCCUCACUGCCAGGCAGUAAGGUGCCGCGUGUAUUCCUGUUCGGCGGCCAAGAUGACACGACGCUGCUGGACGAUUUUUGGAGUCUGGAACUGGCUCAGCUAGAUGAGGAUUUCCCUCAAGAUCGUCGAAAGAGUCAACGGAUCAGAGCGUGGGCCAGUAUUGAAAGCUUCAACUUGGAGAGGAUACCCACAUUUGGCGGUGAGCAAGCUGGUACCAGCGAAUUGCGGAUGGGCUAUCCAGUGAGUUGUUAUCAAUUGAGUGGCAUGCAUCCAGUCACUCACGUGAAGGUCGUGCGCAGCUCCAACAAGUUCAAGGCCUACAAGAAGCUCGAGCCCAGCUUUUUCCGGCGGGCAUCUGGCACCGGGUCCGACUACUUGAUUGCUGUCGAGACUCCAGACGAUAUUCAUAUUCAUGUGUCUACACUGUCCUGUCAGACCGUCACACCGACCGUCGUUGGACAUCAUUGGGUUGACCAAGGCCUAUCGAGGCUCGAGUCACCCACGCUGACAACUUGA